AUGAGCUCUUCAAGCGGCAAUGGGCUCUCAUCAUCCGGGAGCGGUGACGGCGCAAUAGCUGGAAGAGACUCUUGGGGAUCUGGUUCAGGAACCGGAAGCAGUGGCGGGGGCGGCAUCAACCCGAUGUUUCCGGUAGUUAGUGGAAGCGGUAAUGGCGGCUGCACGGGCCCGUUCUGUAUGGGCGCCAGAAAUGGCGGCAGUGGAGGAGCCAGAAGUGGCGGUGGGAUGAUGGGCGGACCCAGGGGAGUGAGAGGUUACAACGACAAGUUCGUGGGACCGGAGCGCUCGGCAAAAGUGGGACAAAGAUUUAACUGA